AUGACUCGUGAAGAAGCUAAAAUGUUGCGUUUUGGCGCUUGUGUUGCACCUUCUGGCUCUGUUUGCUGUGGUGUUCCUGUUUGUGCUGGUUCUGUGAAAACUGGCAUUAUUACCCCCGAUCAGUCUCGCCCGAUGACUGACAGGGAUUUUAAUAAGUUCACGCUGAAUGAUAUUGCAUUCUUGCGUGCUACUCGUUUUUCUGAUCCUCUACAUCGUUCGGACCUUCUGGUACGUGAACAAAGUCGUGGCGCCCGUCUUCGUUCCUAUCUUAAGGAGAACGGUACAGAUAAGUUUAACCAAAAUUAUUCUUAUCUUGCAGCUACUACUAAAGCUACUAUCAUGUCUGCUCGUGAUGCUGCCAGUACUACCAUUACUAUUACUACAGCUAACCCCGUUUCUGCUGAUACGAAAGUAGAUGCUAACGGUACUAUUAACCCUAUUAAGUGA